AUGGCAAGCACCAAGGUCAAGCCAGGGAGACCUGUAUAUAAGGCUGAUACCUCAGUCAAGAGUCCAUUGAUACCAGAGCUGAGCAAAGACCAGAAUGAGAUCGUCCUCGGGCUGCUAGGAAGUCUUCUGGAGCCCAUAGGAAGGCAUCGAGCUGCUCAUACUCCAAAGUCCUCGGGGAAAAAGUCGAAAAAGCGCAAAAGGUCAUCCGAGAAGGCAAUAGAGCUGAAUGCAGCAUCCGAACCAUUAGAGCCGGUAAUUCUGAACUAUCUUACCGUUGGACUCAACUCUACGAGCCGCCAGUUGGAGCUUGAGGCUGCUUCUUCAAAAUCUGGGAUUUCUUCCGCCGCAAAUGAGGAUACCGGAGCGUCGAAGCAAGCAUUUGCAAGACACCUAGCCGUCAUUUUUCUCCCAAAGCCUCCGGAAAAUCUGGUCUACGCGCAUCUGCCGCUGUUAUGCUACGCCCCGUCGGUGAAGUACAAGGAGAAAUCGCAGCAGACCCGCCUUGUUCUUCUGGACUCAUCCUGCGAACGCACUAUUGCUGCAGCAAUGGGACUUACUCGAGCUGGUGUGGUUGGUGUGUUUGAUGACGCACCAGGCUCCGUGUCUUUGUUGAACUAUGUGCGAGACAACGUGGUACCUGUUGAGGUUCCUUGGCUGGAGAAAGCGCUCUCCGGUGACUGGACGGGUGUCACGACUGAGUGUCAUGUACCAGGCCAGGCAUGA